AUGACCAUCUGCAGUUACGACUCAUCACACGACCCAAAAGAGAAACGCAAGGAAAUGCGGGAACGACAUACAAGAUACAUUAUUGCAUUCAAUGACAAUGACAUCCCGAUUGGGUUCUUACUGUUUCAAUUCUUGUGGUUAGACGAUGCUGAAGACGAGGACGUUGAGAUAGAAGUUAUUUAUUGUCUUGAAAUUCAGAUGACUGAUGAAGUGAGAGGAAAAGGACUUGGGACGUUUCUAAUGAACAUAUUAGAAGAUCUGGGGAGGUAUUGGAGAAUGAAGAAGAGCGUGCUGACCGCGUGGAAAGAGCAAUUAACUUCUAUUGCAACCAUCUUGGGCAAAUAUAGUAUUGAUGGAACCUCACCUAGCAAGUAUCUAAGUGGGCCAGAGGCAACCUCGUUUAAUUAUGAAAUCCUCAGUAAAGUACUUUGA